CCUUAGGCGUCUUGCGGCCCGCUCCCUCCCCUCGCCUGCUGCUCUUUGCAACCCCAGCAGCAGGGAGCGGCUGCAGCCUUCCUCACCACGCCGCCGACUCAUUCGCUUCCAGCCAGGCUGUCCCUCCCCCUUGGGCUCUCACAGCGCAACACGGAGGCACGGCUGCAACCCUAGCCUCAACCUCGCUUGCGCGCACACACACACACACACACACGCCUAGACACACAGAGCUCAGUGGCACUCGCAGCACAGCAGCGGCCGCCUCCACCAGGCAUGGCACUGGGCUCUACCUCACUAUGGCAGCAGCAGCGCGACACAGCACCCUGGAUUUCAUGCUCGGCGCCACAGCCAUGCCACCUUGCAGCGAUUACUGCCUGCCCCCCUCCCCCUGCCACGCAGAGAAUGAUAAAGAUAAAGAUCUGCUGGAAACUUUGCAAGUAUUGGCCCAUUACCUGUUGACAGGAGAGGGGCGCACUACAGCUGAGCUGAGCCUACUAAUCCGAGCUGAUUGUAAUGCCAUUUUUAAAGGUCUACAGUCCAUCUUCCAAGAGCAGGGAAUGACAGAGACUAUUCAUAACUGGGAAGAUCAUGGUUACCUAGCAACAUAUGUCAAUAAAAAUGGCAGUUUUGCCAAUCUGAGAAUUUAUCCUCAUGGUUUGGUGUUAGUCGAUGUGCAGAGUUACAAUGAGAUGAAGGGAAGAGAAGAAACAGAGCAGCUUUUGAACAAAGUGGAAGAUAGAGUGAAAGAAUUGUUUCAAAGAAACAUCAAAAGGGUAAAACGGUUGCCGGCCAUUGUGAGAGGAAAUGCCAUAGAUAGAUAUUGGCCCACAGCAGAUGGGCGAUUGGUGGAAUAUGACAUUGAUGAAGUUGUUUAUGAUGAAGAGUCAGCUUAUCAGAAUAUUAAAAUUUUACACUCAAAGCAAUUUGGAAAUAUUCUCAUCCUCAGUGGAGAUGUUAAUCUGGCAGAGAGUGACCUGGCAUAUACACAAGCUAUAAUGGGCAGUGGGAAGGAAGACUACGCUGGCAAAGAAGUGCUCAUUCUUGGAGGUGGUGAUGGGGGAAUAUUGUAUGAAAUAGUCAAACUGAAACCAAAGAUGGUCACCAUGGUAGAGAUUGACCAAAUGGUGAUUGACGGGUGUCGAAAAUACAUGCGCAAAACAUGUGGAGAUGUCUUGGACAAUCUGAAAGGAGAGUGCUAUCAGGUUCUAAUAGAAGACUGUAUUCCAGUACUGAAGAGGUAUGCCAAAGAAGAAAGGAUGUUUGAUUAUGUAAUUAAUGAUUUGACAGCUGUUCCAAUCUCCACAUCUCCAGAAGAAGAUUCCACGUGGGAAUUUCUGCGGAUGAUUCUGGACCUUUCAAUGAAAGUCUUGAAACCUGAUGGAAAAUAUUUCACACAGGGAAAUUGUGUCAAUCUGACAGAAGCCUUGACCCUCUACGAAGAACAGCUUGGCAGGCUAUAUUGUCCUGUGGAGUUCUCAAAGGAAGUUGUGUGUGUCCCCUCAUACAUGGAACUAUGGGUGUUUUAUACUAUUUGGAAGAAGAGGAUUGAUGUUUGAAGCUCAAGGUCCACAUACUACACACUGCAUGAAGUGUGUAGAUUUGCCACAUGCUGUUUCUUGGCAUCUUGAAACUUUAAAUUAUAUGCUGUAGAUGAUCCUGAGGCUUAGAUAUGCUAUCAAUUUGUGAAUUCUUUAAAUGUUUCUUAUUAUUUUAAUUUAAAAGCAAAUGGAAAAUGUAUAUUUUGAUGAGCUAGGGUGUUAUUUUUUGAAAGUCAACUUAGAUAAAUUAGCAGCAAAACUAUAGCUGCUGGAUGCACUGAACCUUUAGAAUGUGAUCAUUUUGUUAUUAUUUCUUAGAUCUUUGAAUAUUGACUUUAAAAGACAACAUUAGCAUUUCAGUGUCUUAUAGCUGCUUUUUCUUUCAGACAUUAAUCAGAUUUAAUUGUCAUGGUGCUUUAAAUAGAAAAGUGGUUUUUGUUAAAUAAUUAGUGUGCUAAAUCAUUAGAGGAAUUAAGGGCAAACAUAUUUUUUUAAGGAUACCCUCAGGCCCAUUGUGAUGUUAUAAAGCUACCAUGAGAUGACAUUUCAGUAUUAUUUUCUUAUGGUGAACUUCUUAUUCUCUAUGCACCCUCACAUGUCAAGAUCUGGCAUUUAAUUUUCAGUUCUCUUGGUAAGGAGUAUAUGCCAGAUCUCAACCCUGUGAGAAUUAGUUCAGAACAAAAGUACAUCACACCAAAAUGAUAUGGGGGAAGUUACCUUGUGAUGGCUUUGCCACAUCAAAAUUAAUAUGAAUUGGGCCCAUGCUUAGUUAAAAAGGGAAGGAGCUAACUUGAGAUUUUGUUCACCUACUAUAUCAUCCUAGACUUAUCUUUUAGUCUUUUCAGUACAGCGAGAUUCACAAAGAACGUAUGCUGGUAUAGUGUCACUAACGUAAGUUGUCUAAGUGGUUAGAGAGCUGUAAUUUUAUAAACUAUUUAGCCCUCUUAUAUUUAUUAUAAGCAGGGAGGAAUUGUAGAUAAAACAAGUACUGGUAGCACUAUACAUGUGGAAACUACAGCUUGACCUGCUCUUCCACCACUUGGAGUUCAGUAUGAAAUGUAGAAUGAUAAUUCUCUUUGUGGAUCCACAUCUUAUUAGCUUUAGUGCUAAUGCUCCUGGCAUGUGAAAAGUCAUUUAAAAAGGGAAAAUUAGAAAAGUGACUUGGGACACCAUAUGCUGAAAACUUCUUGUUUCUCAGCUUCAUCAAAGUGAAUGGGACACAGGUUAAGAAUACAGGACAGUUCCCAUGCAUUUCAGUGCAGUCUGUGAGGAAGUUGCUGGUGGAUUAUGGUCCUGAUAGUCUUGUGCAUCUCGUAUUUAUAUUUUUUGCAUGUCUAUAAACAAGUAUUUACUCCACUGAGUUGAGCCCAACCACCAUGGAUAUGAUGAAUCUUGUGUCUGACCCUAAAGCAUCACUACCCCAUACACUGUAUUUGCAUAUGCAUGUUGAAAUAUCUAUUAGGUGAUUGCAUUUGUACUCCCCUCCCCCCUUGUCUGCACAUGGUGUGAAAUUAUAUUUUUAAAAAAUCUUUAUAUGUGCUGAUUGAUCAUUUACUGAUAACUUUGCUAGAAGCAAACCCUUAAAAAGUGCUCAGAAAUACAACCUUAUUGUAUAAUUUGGGAGGGAGAGAGAUAAUGAAAACAUAUUACCCCUUCUUCGCAUUAUAAGAUCUUGGAACAAAAGGAACCCCCCCCCCCCCGCAACUGAAAAAUUUGCAUUGCAUUUCACUGUUUUAAAGGAUGUUACUGGGUUGUUCUGUUUUUAUAGCAACAUAAAAAGAGUUGCACCUAGACUGUGCAUCCCAAAUAAAAAUAAUCACAGUGUAUGCUCUCUCUUUUUUACUUCAUUGUGAAAAACCAAAUGCGUUUUGCACAAUACGCUUUCUGCAGGGUGAACUUCUUUAUGUAUUUACAAAAAAGGACAUAGUCCUUGAUAGUACAGCAAGGAAUUCCAUUGUUUAAAAAACAGAAUUUUGUUAAAUAAUGUGUAUAUAUGGUAUCUUGGGACCAUCAGAAUGCUAACAAAAUGAACAAGUCAAACAGAUAUGUUUACAGUUUGUAACUCCUAAACUGUGUCUCCUAUAUAAUUGAAGCUACCUAAUAAACUCUUUGAAUCUUUAUUAAUGUAGUGGCUGACAUCCUGACUAAGGAAGCACUGGUGAAGAUCAGAACAGCAGCACUUCCAGACUAACUGCAGUGGGUAAUAGGCAAUUCCUCAGCCCUCAGGUGACACAGAGGACUUCUGGGGGUAGGUGGGGAGAGAUUGUCAGAAAUUACCUCUUCACCAGUGCCCUGGUACAGUAGACUGGAAGUAUUAUUCUGAUCAUCUCACUGUACCAGCACUUUGUUAGGAUGUCAGACAAUAUAUUUGCUGAAUUUGCCUUUGAUAAAGAGCAAACUUCUUUCAGGUCAAUCCGAUGUUUCCUGUUGACUAAAAAGGAACCAUUAUUUCAAUAUAUGUGUAUUAUUUAUCCUAGUCAUAAAUUUGCCUAGAAUACUGGCUGAUACACUACAUAGCAAGCCUCCCAUCCAAGACGGAUGCACAUUCACCACUUCUGAGCCAACCAAGAGCUCAUUCAUUCAGCUUCCGAAGGCAGAGGCUCCUCCGUGCCUCCUUAACUGUGUGUCUUUGCUGUUGCGCCGCCACUUCCACUUUCCCCAGUUCCAGUAGCAAUGCAGCAGCAAUGAUGCACAGCUUCAGAGGCAUGGAGGAAGCCUUCAGAAGCUGUGGGUUUGGGCUCUUGGCUGGUUCAUCCCUCUUGAAUGGGUGGCUCCUUGAGCAGUUUGUUAAUCACUCUUUUCCAUUAUGGUUAGGAGCUUCUGUUGAGUCUGGUGGAGAACAUGUGUGACUGAUGCAGGCCCACCUUUUUCCUAUUGCUAAAAUACACAGCCAAGCUCCAUUUUAUACUAAAUUAUUUUACACUGCUUUUGAACAGAUUGAUAGUGGCUUCCUUUAUUUCUUUUCCUUAUAAGCUGAAGGUAAAAGGCACAAAAUUUGGGAGAGCCUACACUAAGUGGACAUAAAUUAGUCUUUCAGAAUUGUAUCCUAUGAGACUUCAACAAUAAGUAUACACAUGUGAUGUAUGUCAGAAAUUGCUGUUAUCUGAAAUACUGUUUGGGGAUUAUGCAAUGCUUGUAAUGUCAAAAUUAGAGCUGCCUUCUUGGAGAAGUAGUUCCCCCCCCCAACCUUCUAAAAGGGCACAAAGUAAGUUUAACUUUAUCAUAUCUACAGAAUGUCCCCAGUAGUCACCCUAAAGAAUCCAAAGCAGAUAAACAUAUAUUCAUAGGUUUUUAUGUUGUAAUCAAAACCAACAUGGAUUCACAAAUUUUCCUGGAACUUCUCCUGUAACUUAAAGUACAAGCAAAAGUUGUCUGAAGUUGGGCUUUUAGAAAUGAAGAGUAAACAACUGGCCAAAUAUAUGGAACAGAAUUAUCCCGCCCCCCCCCCCCAGCCUCGGCUGCAGGUAGAAUAGAGCUAAAUGCACUGAGGGUUAUGGAGGGAAAAAGGUGUUGAGACUUCCUUUCCUUAUAUACAUAAACUUGUGAUCAUAGGGUCUGAUUUAGGGAUGUGCACGGAACUGGUGGUUCCGCCAGUUCAAAGGCGGCGGGGCUGCUGCUUUAAGAGCGGGGGAAGGUGCACUUACCCCUCCCACCACUUUCCCCCCACCGGCGUCUUUUGUUAAGAAAGCUGAUCAGGGUGGCAGUGUACUUCUCUUGCGCUCCAUUGCCCCCUUUGGCCAGAUAUGGCCGGAAGUCUCCGGUGUGUUGGGGACUUCCAGCCAUAUCCGGGCAAUGGGGCGGCAGGGAGGUACGCUGCCUCCCCAAUCAGCUUUCUUAAUAAAGGACGCCAGUGGGGGAAAAGUAGCGGGAGGGGUAAGUGCACCCUCCCCCACUCUUAAUCAAUCAAUCCUUUAUUACGGUCAGAGACCAGCAUAAAAUUGAUACAGGUUAAAAAUUACAUGUUAUGUGAUGUUGUUAUGAUGAUAUGAUGAUACAUAACUUGACAAAUCUAAAAUUAAGGAUGAUUUCAAUUUAAAAGGUAAAUUAAAAUACAUAUUAGUACAUAAUAUCAAAAGGCUAAAACUAAGAAUGAUUGCAGAUUAAAAAGUAAAAUAGAUAGAAUAUACUCGUUAGAACUAAAUAAGCUAAAAACCUAAAAUUACUAAAGCUAAAACAGAUAAAAUAAUAAUAUAAUGAUAUAGUUUCUAUAGAAGUGCCCAGAAAAAAAUAAAAAGGAGAGUAUAAAAUCCAGAUUUAAAAUUAUAAAAAGCAAUAAAAAGAGAAAGAAGGGGGGGGAGGAAAACUAUAAAACGUAGUAAAAUGCAAUAAAAUGCAGUACAAUGCAAUAAAACAAUAGGUUUGGAGGCAUGGACAAGUGCAAGGUCAAUCCAGAAUAAUCAAGAAUCGGAUUAAGUGGGCUCACAGCCUAUCAUCCUUUGAUGGAUGCCGAUUGCAGCCACACAGAACGUGCCAACGCUUUGUGUAAUGGCAGGGUUAGAGUCAGAGAGCAACAGAAAGCUGUAGAAUUGUCUCGAAUGUCCCGGGUACUUGCUUAGCAAUGGGAGAAUAAGGGCAACACGAAUGUCUCUAUGAAACAGGCAGUAUAGAAGGACAUGCUCAAUAGUUUCGAUCUGUUCUGAGCCACAGGGACAUAAUCGCUCUGCAAGUGGGAUCUUUCUGUAACAGCCCUCUAGCACUGCUGAGGGGAGACUAUGGCAGCGAGCCAAAGUGAACGUCCUGUGGUUUGGUACCUCCAAAUGAGUGAGAUAUGCUGCAGGAGAGGCAGUAUAUCUAAGUUCCUCACUGAUAUAAAAUUUUGAGACACAGCUGAGGUCUGUUUGGCACUCAUUGUCUGUAAUGUGCUGCUUUUGCCUGAUCGUAGCCCAUGUUGAGCAGGGACAGUGGAGAGACCCCACUCUUAAAGCAACACCCCCGCCAUAUUUGAACCGCUCCACCGUGGUUCCGUGCACAUCCCUAGUCUGAUUUACCAGGGAGCAAUGGGAUAGUAUUAACUCCCUCAUGCAGCCUAAUAGAUAAGUGCAAUGUUAGUCUUUAAAUCUGGUAAGAAAUGGGGAACUGAAAUGAAUGAGUAGGGCUAAUGUUUGGAAGGCUAAUACAUACAUGCAUCAAUACAACCAGUGCAUCAUUGGAAAGCUAAUACAUACAGAAAGGGAAACAUGGGGGGUAAUAGUUUUUAACAAUCUUGGUUGGAGCAUCAUAAUAACAUUGAUGUGUGCAUUUAAAUGCAAAAUGGCAUAAAUUGUACUUUUCUUCCCACCUGUGGUUUUUCCUGUUACUGCUUGAAGAGAUUCUGAGAAAAUUGUUUUAAAUAAAGUUUUGUCAUUAUUUAUAUGUAGUUGCUGUAGUAGUGUACAGCAUGGGUUCCCAACCUUGGGUUGCCAGAUGCUGUUGGACUACAGUUCCCAUGAUCCCCAUCUGGGGACCCAAGGUUGGGAACCCCUACGUACAUUAUGGACAUUAACCUUUUGGAGCUGUGUGUGUGUGUGCAUGAACUAAUCUGUGACAGAUUUAACACUUUUUAAUUUUACACCUGAAAAAUGAGUGGAACAUCAUUGUUGCUAGUGCCUCACUAGACAUGCACAUCAAUCCCGAAGAUGGUUGGCAUGGUGUGUCUUUUAAUUCUUUGCACUAAAUGCUGCUUCCAUCUAGUAGUGAAAUUUAACUAUUUUUAAAAAAGAAGUUGAUUACUAAUCUGUCUUUGCUGAAAGAAAACUGCUGGCAUUGUAUUGACUGCACUGGAACAGUGCAUAUAUUCGAAUAAAGGUACGCUAUUAUUACCUGUU